CUGUAAAGGACGCUCAAGCCACACCCUUAUCAGGCUGAUAUGGACAAGUCCACCACGCUAACUCCACAAGCGUACAGCGGAGGGGAGCCCGUGAAUAGGACAGAAGGACAGAAGUAGGGCACUGCCUACAGGCUACUUACAGCGGACUGAGAGCACCCCGCAUCCUGUCGGAGCGACACACUACCUCGCUAGGUCCUACUAGCUUUGGUGGCCUUUCAGGGGUCUGUUACAGCUUGAGUUAGAACAUAGCCUAUAUGUCCUCUUUGCUGUGCCGCAUUUCCCUUUCCCUUCUUUCUCUUCUUCAACACGAACAGGUGGACUAAAUUCCUUCUGUUCGAGAGCAAUUACGAUAUUCUGAGGCUGUCCUUGAUCGAUUGGUCAAUAACCACUGCCAACCAUGUUCAACGUGCGCCGGCUUUUCGUCAGCGCCCUGCUGUUGCUGGGCUUCAGCGCUCUCCUGCUCGCGCAGACCGCCGAGGCAACCAAGGGACCCAAGAUCACCCACAAGGUCUACUUCGACAUUGCCCAGGGCGACGAGCCUCUUGGCCGUAUCGUCAUCGGCUUGUACGGCAAGACCGUUCCCAAGACUGCUGAGAACUUCCGUGCCCUUGCGACCGGAGAGAAGGGAUACGGUUACAAGGACUCGACCUUCCACCGAGUCAUCAAGCAGUUCAUGAUCCAGGGUGGUGACUUCACCAAACAUGACGGUACCGGUGGCAAAUCCAUCUACGGUGACCGUUUUGAGGAUGAGAACUUCAAGCUAAAGCACUCCAAGCCUGGUCUAUUGUCCAUGGCCAAUGCCGGAAAGGACACUAACGGCUCCCAAUUCUUCAUUACCACCGUGAUCACUUCUUGGCUCGAUGGCCGACACGUUGUUUUCGGCGAGGUGCUGGAGGGCAUGGAUGUUGUGACCAAGAUUGAGAACGUCAAGACCAAGCCAGGCGACAAGCCUGAGGUUACGGUCAAGAUUGCUGAUAGUGGCGAGUUGGAGGUUCCCCCUGAAGGUCUCUCAGGAUCAGCUGAAUGGGCUCCAGGUGCUCAAGAAGUCGAAGAUGCUGUCCCUGCUCUAAGCACUCCAGUUACACCAGGCACCCCAGAAAAGGCAGGCGGCAUCCCAGCCACUCCAGGUUCGGACUCGUACAAUGAAGCUGAGGAAGGCUGGUCCGUCCUGCAGAAGGGCUUCCUGUUCAUUGUCGUGAUUGCUGCCAUUGGAUUCUACGCCCGUUGGGCCCAGCGUCGUGAUGAGCGCGAUGAAGUCGGCUACGAGAAGACAAUGGCGUAAUUGAACCCGCACAAUGCAUAAAGUAACCUAGGAGAUUAGGUGUAGGAUGCUGUACAACUAGGAGUUAUUCGUUAAGAUCGAAUUUGUCAUUGAGUUUGGGGGGCUAUGGAGUUCAAGCAAGUAUAUAAAGACUGAUUUUGUGGCGGGAAAGUGUAGAUAGGUAGCUUGGUAUUUUUGAAGCCAUCUAAAGAGAUCCACCAAAAUUUUGACAUCCCA